ACCAACUCGAUCCCCCGAGCUCAAACAUACACACACACACACACAGCGCAACGCCUCCCAGCUCGACUCCACGUGCUGCCGCCGCCGCCGGCGUAGACCUCCCGUUGGCCGCCAUGGACCCGCGCUUCCAGCUGCCCACUCCGGUGCCGUCCUCCGGCGGCGCUGGUGUGCGAGGGCACCACCGGCGGGCCCAUUCGGAGACGUUUCUGCGCUUCCCCGACACCGACCUCUUCCUCGACCCCGAUGGAGACUUCUCCUUCUCCGACCUCGACUUCCCAUCCCUCUCCGACGACUCCCCGGCGGUCUCCGACCCGACCCCGCCUCCUCCCCCGCCGAUGGCGGCCAGCUCGUCCCAGACACCGGCUCCCCGUCCACCGGGCGGGACCCACAACAGGAGCCUCUCCCUUGACGCCGCCUUCUUCGAGGGCCUCGCCUUGCAGGGGGGAGGAGGCGGGGGUUGUGGUGGCCAUAAGAGGAGCGGGUCCAUGGAUGGGGUGAACUCGCCGUUCGAAGGCGAGUCGGCGCUGUCGGGCGGGCUGGACUACGCCAAGAAGGCCAUGCCGGCCGAGAGGAUCGCCGAGCUAGCUCUCCUUGACCCCAAACGCGCAAAGAGGAUUUUGGCAAACCGGCAGUCGGCAGCGAGGUCGAAGGAGAGGAAGAUCAAGUAUACCGGUGAGCUAGAGAGGAAGGUCCAGACACUGCAGACCGAGGCCACUACGCUAUCAGCACAGCUUACACUUCUCCAGAGGGAUACUUCUGGUUUAACUACCGAGAAUAGAGAACUCAAACUUCGGUUGCAGUCCAUGGAGGAGCAAGCUAAACUACGGGAUGCUCUAAAUGACGCUCUGCGAGAAGAAGUCCAGCGGCUUAAGAUAGCUGCAGGGCAAGCUCCAAACAUGAAUGGGAGUCAAUUCAACGGCGGACUCCAGCAGAUUCCAUCCUAUUUCUCUCAGCAACACCAGCGACAGCAGCAGCAGCAGCAUCAACAACAGAUGGCUUACUUAGGUGGGCACCAAGCUCAGCGUCACCAUCCAAACCAUCACCAGAGCCCAUCGAAUGGUGGCCAGUCGCUGAGUGGUCUGUCCCUAGACGACUCCAUGGAUUUCAUUUGAGGAACACUAGGGCCCUCCUAUUAAAUCAUACACCAACUGCAACUCAGCAUUGUACAGAUAGCUAAUGUACUAUCUAUGCAUAUGAAUCAUUGGUAGGGUAGCUAGCCUUUCUUUGUAUUUCUAUCAUUAAUCAGAAAGCAUGCUCUUGUAUGACAUAAUCUCCUCUUUCCCUUCUUUGUCUGUUUCUGGAGAGCAAUUGAUGAUACUGGGAACUCUUACUUACAAUGUGCUUUUCAGGUCAUAACUGUUAUGAGAUACACUUGUUAGAUA